AUGGAAGAUACCAAAAGUCAGAGGCUUGUCAAAGAUUUGCAGUUCCGGGAACUUCUUCCUGACGUGAAGGUCCAGACCAACUUGUUAAAGCGGUGGGCAGUGCUUGUUAGCAGAAUUGUCACCAAGUACAUGCAGUAUUUUGGCUCUCUCAAGAAAUGUACAAUCCACCACAUCAAACAUAAGCAUACACAAGAAAUGGCACACCGUUCUGUUGUGUGUUGUUUAGGAAUGGAAUUCUUAAACCCCAACGUAGCUGGAGACAUGGCUCAGCUUAUGCAACACAACCAGAAAAAGUAUGUGCUAACGCUUGGUGACAGUCGAGAGCCAUUGAUUUGUGUACCAAUGCAUGGAGACCAGCUCUACGAAGAGAGAUCUAGAAAUGUCAAAUGGUCAUUCCGAGAUUGUCUGGAUCCGCUUCAGCAAUUACACGGACUGGAUACUGAGUUUGCCGACUGGCAUGCCAAGUAUACACUAUAUAAGUUUGAGUACAAAUUGUUUGUGGAUCAUUCAUCUGCUGGUGAGAUUGGGACAAGCAUGGCAAGCAUCAAUCGCACAGGCAAAACAAAUGCAGCCAAAGGAGUAGAGAAUCACUACAACGAAUACAGUGAGUUCCACUCAAGAGAAACCGAAGCCCAUAUACUGGCAUCAUUCAUGGAGCACAUGGGGAUGAAAAACUUAGAUGAUUCCCCCAAUGGUGUAACUCUAUCUGACUCCGAUGCUCCUGGACCCACAAAAGGAAAAUGGCUGCUAGAUGUUUGUGAGGAGCAUGUUAAGAGAUUUGUCUUCAAUGCUGGUGAAAUGACUGGCCUAGUUGAACAAACAGAUCAACUCCAGCAAGAAGAGAGUGGCAGGUGGGUUUGCAGAGCUGAAGAUUGUGAUGCCUCAUAUAAAUUGCAUUCAGGAAGAGUGAGACAUGAAAUUAGAAUUCAUGGCCUAUCCUCCUACAAUGGUGUACAUGAGCAUGAUCCACUUGGGUAUUACUACUGCAGAGUAGGCUGUGGAGAAGUCUUCAAAAGCAAAACCACACAGAAAAGAGAUCCCCCAGGAAGAAAAAGUGUUGCUCAAGAUUAUUUGUACAAUUACCAUAGUGCCAAACUUACAUUUGGAUUAAUUCUGAUGGAGUUUGAAGAUGCAAUCAAAGAAGGUGAUGGGGACAGGCUCUUUGAUAUUUACAAGGUUGCCCUUCUCUUGUUCACAAUGUGCCACAAUGGCCACUACAGGGUUGAACAGACAGUUUUUUAA